GGCUCCUGCCCUGCCUCCCUCCCCUGUCGCCCGGCGGACCCGGCAGGGGGCGCCGGCUGCUCGGCUGGCGGCGACGUUUGGCCCAUCGCGGCUGCCUUAGCAGUCCUCGGGCCGCCGCGGUUCCUUGGGGUCUGCCCGGCCUCUGGGGGUUCCGCCAGCGGCCCCGCCGCGGCUGGGCUGAGCCGGGCCGGGCCGGCGCCAUGUUCACCAGCACCGGCUCCAACGGGCUUUAUAAAGCACCAUUGUCAAAGAGUCUCUUACUAGUCCCAAGUGCCAUCUCAAUUCUAUUGACUCUGCUCUUCCAACAUUAUCAGAAGUUCUUUGCAUAUAACUUAAAAGCUAUAAAAGAGGAUUUUCAGGUUUGGAGACUUAUAUGCGGGAGAACAGUAUGUCUUGAUUUGAAAGACACAUUCUGUAGCAGUCUGCUCAUUUACAACUUUAGAAUAUUUGAAAGAAGAUAUGGCAGCAGAAAAUUUUCAUCAUUUUUACUGGGUGCUUGGAUGCUCUCAGCAUUGUUUGAUCUUCUCCUUGUAGAAGCUGCUCAGUAUAUAUUUGGCAUCACCAUCAACAGCUUGCCUUCUGGUUUCUUGGGUCCUGUGUUUGCACUGUUUGUACCAUUUUAUUCCUCCAUUCCAAGAGUGCAAGUGGCACAAGUAUUAGGCCACUUUUCUAUCACAAACAAGACACUGGUCUACAUACUGGGUUUACAGCUUUUAACCUCUGGUUCCUACAUCUGGAUUUUAGCCUUAAGUGGAUUGGUUUCUGGGAUUUUCUACAAUAGCAGUGUAUUAAAAAUUCAUCGAAUUCUUUGUGUGCCCACCUGGGUAGCAAAGAUAUUUUCUUGGACUCUUGAACCAAUCUUCUCAUCUGCGGAACCAACGAAUGAAGCUCGAGUGGGAAUGGGAGCAACAGUCGACAUCCAGAGGCAGCAGAGAAUGGAAUUGCUGGAUCGUCAGAUCAUGAUGUCUCAGGUUGCCCAAAUGAGACGGCAAAGGCAGCAGCAGGGUGGGAUGAUUAACUGGAAUAGACUGUUUCCUCCUUUACGUCAUAGACAUAAUGCAAAUUACCAAGACCGUCGCCCGUCGGAACAAGACACACCUCCACCUACCGAGGUUUCUGAAGAGCAGGUUGCACGACUUAUGGAAAUGGGAUUUUCCAGGGGAGACGCUCUAGAAGCUCUGAGGGCUUCAAAUAAUGACUUAAACGUAGCCACUAAUUUUCUACUGCAGCACUGAUGGUGUUCUCUGUGAAGGAACUUCACUUGAUGGGUUUGUACGUCUGAAAGAGGAUCAAAGCCACCUGCUGGACAGACUCAGGCAAGUCGUCCCCACAAGAGCGUCAGAAAGGGAAGCUGGCUCCGCGUCACUGGUGAUUCAAAGCGAUGUUAAGGAAUGACGUGAACUGCUCCCAAGCCUUCAGAUCACUUGGUGGUCUCUAGUCUGGUUAUCCUUUUCAAAACAACUUUAGUUUCUACUUAUUACUGGGUAUCACCUAAAUUUACUUUAAAAAUAAAGUAGGUGGGUGGUUUUUUUUUUUGUUCUUGUAAAGCCUUGUUAGAUGUUACCAGACCUAAUAACUAGGAAAAGAAACUCCAAAACCCACAACAACUACCUUUACUUCUCAAGAAUAAUUGUAUUUUCUUCAUUUACCAGCCUAAUUUCUCUUGCUUACAUGCUGCUUUACAGGAUUUGAUUUAUUUUUUUUUAAUUACAGGAAUAAGAGGUUUGAAGUUGAUUUCAUAUUCAGAUCAGUAAAGGGUUAUGGGAAUAGUCUGUCAUUCUUUGGAAAGUUUUAUUAAUGUCUGUAAUAUUUUAUUCCUUGAAUUCCUUUUCAAAUAAAAGUUGUGAUGCAGCAUAUAAUACACAGAUAGGGUGAGAGAAGAUUCAUGUGCGUGUCACAAACCCUGGUGAAUGAUUACUGUACAUUGACAUUUUUACAGUGAGUGAAUUGCUGUUCAUAUUACAGCUCAUGAAGGUACUCAGUGGAAGCAAUAAAGGUGAAUUGGAUGAUACAGCAAGAUCAUAACUGGAAAUGAUUUCCCUGACUGCCAUGUCUAAUUCAGACAGACCUCUGUAACAAUGGAUGUAUGCUCAGUGUCCAAUUGCUGGUUUCAUUUUUUGAACUGGCUACAUACUGUCUUAAAAUUAUAAAAAGGUAACUUUUCUAUAUAUAGUUCUAGUUUUGUACUGUCGAAGAUGUGGGUGAUGCUGCAUUUGCUGAAUCCUCACCAUCUGAAGCAACUUAUUGUUGAUCCCAGACUGGAACAGUAAGGGCGAUUGAGGCCAGCACAGGAGGGAACAGGACAGUAAUGCCAAAGUAGUACUAUACUGGGUUUGAAGUUCAGACUGAUAAAUGAGCUUGCUUGGCUCGACUCUCAGAAAUGCUCACUAUCAGCAGCUCCUUUAGGAACCUCAGGAGAUGAGAUGGAGAGGAUUGAACAUCUCUAUAAAACAAAGCAGUAAUAACAAGAUUCCAAACUGCGACUCUGUAAAACCAAUCUACACACAUAUCUCAAACAUUUGAUGUAUGUUUCUGUAUGUACUUGUGUUUGUAUAUCGUGUGUAUAUGUGUCUGUUUAUACACAGAGAGGCAUAUUUAAUACAUACUUAGAAUAAAAUAGAGGCUAUCAGAAGCAUCACAAAUGCAACAGCAGGUGCAGAGGGCAAGAGGUGAAAGAGUACAGGAGAAGGAAGGAUAGUUUGGAAAUCCAAAUGAACGUGUGUGCACCAAAGUACAGCUCUGUACAGUCUCACAUGGUCUGAAAAAUUGAGCAGGGUCUGAAAAUACCAGGGAAUUGCAGGACAAGAUUUAGGGAGAGAGAGAUGCCUUGCUUUUUCUGAUUUAAAAAAGUCCUUCAGGAGUACAAGUCCUUAUCCAGAAAUUAAACCAAAAUUGUGCAGCUUUUGGUACAUGACAUAUUUUUUAAUAAAACCAAUCUCCUGUAUGUAUUUUUUAGUAUUCUCCAGUGGGUGAAAUAAGGGGGGGGGUUCAGAAUGACCCUGUGUUUCCUGGGCUUUGAUCAAUCUCUUUCAGGGUCUGACUUGCUGCAAUGAUCACAUUACUUAGUCAGGGUCUUAUUAAUUGAAAGGUUUUCUUUGUGUGAAGCAGAGUGGCUCCCUGUGUGUGUAGGCAUAGGAAGAAGAACUUUGGAAACUUCUUGUCUUACAAAGCAAAGGGCAAAUGUAAGAGGAGGGGGAAAAAAAAGAAAAAGAAAAAAGGCCUUAAAAUAAUUUGUGAACUAAUUGAAUAUUUUGAAAGAAAUACAGGUUUUAACUUUGAAACAUAACAGAUUUUCUCCAUUAAUAUUUUAUCCAAAGGAGUGCUAAAGGCUGGUGAAUUACUUUGUAGGAAAUAAAGGUCUGCCCAGCCCAGAAUAAAUUAGAUAUGACUUGUGCCCUUUCAGACAUUGCCCUGCUCUAGGUACAAGCACAAAGAGCAUUUAUCCCUUGAAAUUUUACAACAUGGCAUCUGGAACAUGUAAGGAGAUAUUCUCAAAGUCUGAGGUCUUUCUUACCAUUGUCUGUACAGGAGAUAACCAAAUGUCACCAUUGUGUGGAAAGCCCCUUUUUGCUGGGCAUUUCACAAAACUUGGUCAGACAUAAGGGGUAAAAUGUAGGUCUUGGUGAUGUCAGCUGAAAACUCCCCAUGACAUCUGUGAAGAAUAGUUUGUGUCCAAAAGGCUUCCAGGGUUGUGAUUUCUAAAUUACUAACAAGACGUGGAAAAGGAGGAGUCUCAGAUGCUGUUGAGUACAACAGUUCCUGCUUUGUGCAAGAAUCCUAGAAGUAAGAUUCCCACAGCAAAGCUGCAAAGCAACUUGAUUUUCACUUCAUGGUAAAACUUCUGUGGACCAUUUCUGGGAAUGCAGUGAGUGUUUUUCACAGCCUAUGCAGUGUUUGUCAAAUACAAUUUUGAGUAUCUCAUUGCACAGUUCCUGUUUCAUGUGUGACAUAACAGUAUUUUUUAGGUAGUUACGAGAAUGCAGAACACUUUUCUACGGACAGGAUUUUAAGUGCCUAGGAAAUUGAGAUAUGUUUUAGUAAAGCCAAGAUUUGGUGUGUUGAAAUAAAAGUCGUUUGCUGCUGUUAAAAGACUGGGAAUGUCAUCUUUUGACACAGCAUCAGAGUAAUUUACUGGGGACUUUCCUAGACAGUUACAUGAUACUUUGAAAUACACCCACAGGGAGGUUUGAAUUUGUGGAAACCUACCUAAUAAGCCACCAGGUUCUCAAGCCUUAAUUUUUUAAAAUAAGAUGCAGAAUGACUGGAAUCUGUACCUACCAAACCCAUUUUCCUCUCCCAGAACAAGUGUCUUAAGUGUUGCCUGCUACUUGGUGGACAGUUGCAGAUGGUUCAUGUACCAGCCUGUGCUGUCUAGUGCUUGUCAGUGCCUUUGUGAAAGUGUGAUGGAGAAGAGGUCUCAUGAUUUCUGUGCAAAACAGAAGAAACAGCAAGCAAAACUUAUCACAAGGUACUGGGCAAAGGACAACGCUUUUGACUCUCCUGUUUGUGCAUGUGUAUGUAUAGGUAUAUGCAUAUAUAUAUAUAUAUAUGUGUGUGUGUGUGUAUGCAUAUGUAUAUAUACAGAAAGUGAGUAAGAAUAUUUAUGUAUUGCUUUGAUGAAUUUAACUGGAGCUACAAGUGCGUUGAAGAAAAUUAAAAGUCUGUAUUCAGAGA